UCCUCAGCGCUAGUCGAAGAAAGACGCGAUCUUACAUUUCUUCUAAUCGGUAUACGCUACGUCUCCAUCUCUUUCCAUCCACCUUGCCUCUCCUGUAUACUUACUACCUACUCAUCAGCACCAACCCACCACCACGAUGAUAUCCUCCUACACAGCCAACCACUUCAACCCGCCCUCUCAAACAUGGUGCGACACCGAAAUCGUCGUCCGUCUCCAACACCAACGCACCCUACCCUUCAACUGGACAGCGACGAAAAAUUGGGUGAGCAUCCACAACUCACACCCCGCCAUGGGCAUCCAACGCACCUACCGACACUUCAUCCCACGGAACCGCAUCAUUAAAGCCAUCGAAACCACCAUGCAGCGCGGCCAGAUGACGCGCGCCCAGGUUCUCGCAUUCCUAGUCGAAGUGACCACGCAGCUCGGGAUCGAGCAACCCGACGCCGCCCUCCUCCAUCUGCCCUGGGACGCGAACGUCGUCAACUACGACACGUGGCUGACCUGGGCGGUGGAAUCGAUCGCGGACUGGAAGAUGAAUAUCUUCCUUGGCUACGGAACAGGGGAUAAGAGUGGACGGGAUCUCGAUCUUCCUUGUACGGUGCGUGCGGAUAGGCACGGGGCGGAGUGCGCCGCGCUGCAGCUGAACAAUUGUCUCGAGGCCGCUGUGAGACUGCUUUGCGCUUUUCCGACUCUGAGUGUGUGGUUCUGGGAUCACUUGUGUCCGCAUUUUCAGAAGGAGGAGACCUGCGCGUAUUACAAUGACGGGGUGUGGGCCCCGGUGACGGCGCAGCUUCAGCCGUGGGAUUGGCGGGUUAUGGCUGAUGUGCAGUUGCAGGGGGGGAUUCUGUCGACUACGAGGAGGGGAGUUGGGUUUCAGGCGCCGUUGCCUUUGUUGCUUCGGGGCGAGGAAGAGUAUGAGGAGGAGGAUGAUUCGGACUAUGAACCGGGGGAGGAGGAGGAGGAUGAUUCGGACUAUGAGCUGGAGGAGGACGAGGGAAUGGAGGAGGAGGUCUAA